AUGGCUUCUAACAUUGUUCACUUUUCUUCAGUCCCUCUACCAGUUUUUAUUGGUGAAAAUUUUGACCUUUGGAAACUCAAACUAAAGACAUAUUUUAUCUCACAAAAAUUGUGGGAUAUUGUUCAAUCUGGUUAUACAAAACCAGAUAAUAUUGAGACUCUAUCUGAGGAGGAACGAAAAAAGCUAGAAGAUUCUGAACAAAAGGAUGCCCAAGCAUUGUUUGUUCUUCAACAAGCUGUGGGAGAAACUAUCGCCAGGAGGAUCAUGGAUGCAGAAACUGCAAAAAGGGCAUGGGAUAUUUUGGAAGAAGAAUUUGAAGGCAAUGAACAGCUCAAAUUACAACCCAAAAGGAGAGAAGAAGAAGAAAAGAAAAAUGUUGAAGAAUAUUCUAGAAGCAAAGAUUCUAGAAAUUUCUCUGGAAGCAAGAAAGAUAAAUAUCCUCCGUGUGGCAUUUGCAAUAAGUCAAGUCAUGCAGAAAAAGACUGUUGGCAUCGUGGGAAGCUAAUAUGUCAUUAUUGCAAGAAACCUGGACAUGUGGAGAAAUAUUGUCGUAAUAAAAAUAAGCAUCAAGCAAACUUUGCUGAAGAACAUAAUCAGGAGCAACGUUUAUUUUAUGUCAAUCAAGAAUCUCAUAGUGGAGAAGGAAACUGGUACUUGGACAGUGGAUGCAGCAAUCACAUGGCCAAAGAUCAAAGUAUCUUCAAAGACAUUGAUAAAUCUGUCAAUGUCAAAGUUCGUCUUGGAAAUGGCGCCACAGUGGAGUCUCAAGGCAAAGGAACUGUCAUGGUGGAGACAAAGAAAGGUACGAAAUUCAUCAAGGACGUUUUACUAGUUCCCAAUCUUAAAGAAAAUCUUUUAAGUAUUGGCCAAAUGAUGGAGAAUGGGUAUUCUCUUCACUUUGAGAAAGAUACAUGUAAAAUUUAUGACAGUAGAAGGUUAGAAAUUGGUGAAGUAAAAAUAGAGAAGAGAAAUAGAAGCUUUCCCAUAAACUUCAAACCUGGAACUAAUAUUGCCAUGAAGGCGGAAGUUGAUGACUCAUGGCAAAGUAGGAAGUCUUCGGAAUAUUCAAGAAAUUCAAGGCUCUUGUCGAGAAACAAAGUGGAAAACAGAUAA